UACCUGCCACAGGAUAUGAUUGAUCGUUCGCUUUUUGACUUCUACUAUCCCGAGGAUCUUCCACUCAUCAAAGAAAUCUACAAGAUUGUUAUCAACCUGGAGAGCAAAACCUUCAAAUCGAAGCCUUACAGAUUCAUGAUCCAGAAUGGCAGCUUCGUUGUUCUCGAGACCGAAUGGUCAUCGUUCAUCAAUCCCUGGACGAAAAGUGUAGAAUUUGUCGUAGGUCAGCAUAAAGUACGAGAGGGACCCGUCGAUCCCGACAUCUUUCAUCCACCUGGUAAUAGGAGGAACGACUUGCUGGCGAAUAUUAGCGAUGAAGUGAUGAAAGAGGCGCAAAUCAUACAGAAAGAGAUUGUGUCGCUCCUCGUUGAGGAUGUUCAAAGGAAGCUGCCAUCCAAAGCUACCGAUUUCGAGUUACUAUCCAAAAAGAAAGAACUCAAAUCCUUCGCGCAGUAUAUACUGCAGGAAAUUAAAAGUCCAGCUACCAUCAAGGAUCAAAUGGCGUUACACGACAGGAGCUUUUCGGAAUCAUCCGAUCUCCUAUUACAGGGACACGACAGUGUGAUGUUAGGCGAGAUCUCACCCCAUCACGAAUACUUGGACAGUAAAUCUUCAACAGAAACACCCCCUAGCUACAAUCAGCUUAAUUAUCAAGACAACAUCGAGAGAUUCUUUAAUAGAAGCAUAGGCGUAAGUGUGAACAAUAGACCAUACGCUAGCGAUGAGGAUAUCCUCCAUUCCAGUGAGAAUAGUAGCGAUGCGUUGGGCAAGAAUAAUUCAUCCGGACCAGAGUUGAAAUGCAGUUUUUCGACAAACGAAAGCGGCAAUAGCGGCAGUGCGGAAAAUCUCAGCAGUGAGUCAACGAAUCAACAGAGCUUUGGCAGCCGGGGCGAGACAUCCAACGCAACCAGCAACGAUAAGCUCCUCAUUUUAACGGAGUCGUUACUUUACAAGCAUAACGAAGAUAUGGAGAAGCUAAUGCUGCAGAAGCAUUGCGAGCAGAAGAAGGGCGACAAGCGGAACAACUCCACGUCGCUCAACGAUCACAAGGCCAAGGCUGAGCAGCCGACCCUGAGGUGCGGAGCGAGUAAUAAAAACAGAAGCAGACUGAAAAGAAGUGGAGGUCCAAUCGGAGAAACGGAUAAUAAUAUUAAGGUUUUGAAGUAUGAUAAUUCGGUGAAAGAGUUACAAAGUGUUGGGACGGUGCUGGAAUCUCUGAAUACGAAGCCUAAUGUAACGACAAUCGAUACGUCACCAAUAACGACACAGAACUGUCCAAAAACCAAUGCGUGGACUCCUAAUUCUGUAAUAAUGCCGUCCACCACGACGAUUGCACAGCAGCGCUUCACUACGACAAAUGCAUAUUGCCAAGGUGUAAGCCGAUUUCCCACACUACCUCAAUGGUUUCCCGUAUAUUAUUUGCCUCUACCACAGAUAAGAGAUAUUCCAUCUUCGAGUAUCAUUCCACAAGAGCAUCCUGGACCGCCAAGUCCCAUCAACCAGUUUAUUCCUUAUUCACGUGACAUUGUUGCAGAUUUCUUCCCAGUGACGUAUACGAUGCCGAGCGUCAUAUAUCCGCCGAUCGUUGGUGCUCACACGCCCCCAACCAUGAUGUGUAGGCCGUUUCCAUUCAUCGUGCCUGAAACAACAGCAACGCCGUUAAGUGAUACGUGUCCCACGACUGCCCAUCUAACGACAAUGACAACUACAUCGACGGCAACAGCGACCGUAGAUAAUUCGUUUGAUCCUAAGCAGCCGGUGAGUCGGGAGACGAGCAUCAAGGCCGAGCCCGGUAGCAUCAUAACCAUCUCCGAGUCUUCCAAGAAGGUAUUUUUUACUCCUAUGAUUGCUUAUCGUCGCAGAACAAAAAUAUUUUCACCUUCUGAAAUUGUCUCGUCCUCUUUAAGCAACGGGGGUGAGUCUUUUGGUAUUAUAGAUGAAAGUACGACGAUCGAUACGAAGGAUAAUUAUAUAAGGUACGAUAAAGUCAACGAUUCCAGUUCCUUCAGCAAUUCGCUUAAUAAAAGCUACGAUAGCAGCAGCAAUACUGAACAUUGGCAUGGACUAUCGUCCUUCGAGCGGCAAAAGAGCAAUGAAAGCAGCGAUAAUCAGACUUUCAAAACUUCUGGAAUGACACGCAAGGAGCCGCCGUGGAUCGAGGGUAUUCCAUUAACCUCGGAACUCAUCAAUCAAUACCAAAUGAAAACUAAGCCUCUUCACGAUGUCCUGAAAACCGACUUGGAGUUUCUCAGUCAGUCGAAGCAGUCGAAUUUGGUAAAUGACCAGCUGAGGCAACUCUAUCUGGACAUCGAUUUGAAAAAUUUUAGCUCGAAUUUACUGCUCGAGGAUCCCGGUACGAGUAGUGCCAACGAGGAUAGCAGUGACGAAUCGCAUAGUUUGGGUACUUUGAACUCUUCUUGCCUUGUCAUCGCUGGAUCACCACUUUCCACAACUACGCCAUGGAGUGCGUUGCACGAGAAGAAUAAAUGUGAUCUAUAG